AUGGCCGAUUCAGUUCGAUCAUCCGCCGAAGGCGUUUCGAUCGUGAGAGCCAAAGUAGAAAAUGCACCAGCUAUCAAGUCCAUGGUGGUCGCUGCAUACUCAAAAUAUAUCGAGCGCAUUGGCAAACCUCCAGCACCAAUGCUGACCGACUACGCCGAAGUCAUCAACACUGAAGACGUAUUUGUUCUUCAAACAAACGACAACAAAACAGUGGUCGGAUCCAUUGUGCUUGACCUUCACGGCGCUGCCGAUUCAAUCAAAAUCAACAAUCUGGUUGUAGAUCCCACGGCUCAGGGUCGCGGUUAUGGGCGGGUCCUGAUGAAGUACGCCGAAGACGUGGCACGGGCACAAGGAGCCAAGGCUAUCACUCUUUACACCAACGUCAAGAUGUUUGAGAAUCUAAUUCUCUAUCCGAAAAUGGGUUUCAAGGAAACAGAGCGCAAGAUUGACGCUGGGUAUGAGCGUGUGUAUUUCCGCAAAGGCUUGGAAUAA